UGUGUGUGUGUUGUGUCCUCAUACACAGGAGGGGUGGUGCAGGAUUCUAGAAUCAAAGCCAAGUAAAUAUGCUGUCAUAAUGAUAUAAAGUCAAUGUCAAAGUCAUUAUACUCAAAUUAUAAAUGUUAAUAAAUCUUUAAUAAAAUCCUUCUUGUAGUAAUCCAUCAAAUCUGUACUUUAUAAGUCUGCAGUUAAUAAGUUGUUAAAAAAUGUAUCUUGGUCCUGAUGGCCUCCAGCCCUUUUCUAAAAGGUGGAUGAUCAGAACAACAUAAGAGGCACAAGAAUAGAAUCAUAUAUUUAAAAAACCAAACAACAAACCCCCAAAAGAAAUGAGAACUUAAGAGAAGAAAUAAAUUGGUAAAUAAAUAAAAAAUAAAUAAAGAUUACAUGUUUACAUAAGUGAGUUAUGAGGUCGAGAAAGUAGCAAGUCACUUUUGUGGUUCUUUAUUGUGGUGACAUCAUAAAGUGUUGCCAUUUCUUUUAAGUUUAUGACAUCAUAUUUAUUUAGCUUAGAUCCUGGGAUUUUGUCUUUGAUAUUCCAUCUUUGAUCUUUUGAUUGACUUCACCAAGUCAAGUUGACUGUAGGAGUGCAAUGAGUUGACAAUUCUGUCUGAUAUCAAACAAAUCUUUCGUGGAAUCCUGUGUAUAAGGAAUUCUUUCGGUUCAACAAAACUUUCAUCGAUUGAAAACAUUACCUAAUUGGUUGAUUUGUUAUAUCAAAAUAAUAAUGGAAACACAUACAGCAAUAGCAGAAGACCUGCCUGAGAACACUACAAUGGAGACCAAAAGUGGACUUAAAAAUAUUAAAGAAAUGUUCGGUUAUGAACAUAUUCCAGCGAUUGUGAAGUUGUUUCGAGAAGUGGAUGUUGACGGAGGUGGAGGGUUGGACAUGAAUGAAUUUUGUGUUGCACUGGAGCAGUUAUAUGGAACUGUGAAUAAAGAAGACCUCAUUACACUCCAUAUGCAGAUUGACACAAACUGUGAUGGAACUGUGGACCUUAGUGAACUACUGAACUUCCUAUUGGUUAAGAACAGAGCAACAGCAAGCAUAAAUCUGAGUAUUCAUGCCUUUCCCAGACCAAUAAAAAUAGUUCCCAUAGAUCACUAUACAACAAUAACUAAGGUGAUUUUCCGUCCAUUUAAGAACGUUCAUGACAGCCAACCAGAGGAUGAUUCUCAGCUGUCAAUAUCGUCAGUCAGGACCUACCAGAAUGGUCAAUACCUAUCAAUCAGCUCUGAUGGAAUCCUCACCUUUUGGACUGACAGCUUUAAGGAGUCACACCUAAUCAAACUAAAUGAUAUGGAAGAGAAACUUCCUUUUUCACACAGGGAGAAAAUAUGUAUUAAUGACAUGGUGUACAUCAGCGACCUCAACGAGCUGGUUAUCGCAACCUCUUGCAGGGAACUGGUAUUCUAUACCUGCAAUGCAUUCCCUGAGUUAUUUCAAGCCAAAUAUGCUUUAAUAAAAGACGACAGCAUAGUGAAUACCAUGAACUACUGGUCCGACGGCACUAAAGCAGUAUUUUCCUACGGUGACACAAAAGGCUCUUUGUCUGUUUUUGUCAUCCACAACAUAGAGAGUAAAAUCCUCUUCCACAAAGAUGCAUUCGAUAAAAUCUCUCUGCACCAGUAUCCAACUGUUCAUGAGUCAUCCCUGUUAAAAAAGAAAUGGGAAGGAUUUCUAUCUAUCAAGCUUUCCAUCUUUGAUGACAUAUGCCAUCAGAUUCAAUACUUUCCAUCACUGGAUUCCUUUGCCGUCUGUGGUCAUUCAUCCAAAACAAUGGUACUCACUACCUUACCGAAGACACCUCGAGGCAAAAUCCAUAGAAGGGUAUUUGAGAGCAAUAAAGACCAUGAGUUUUUCACCUGCGUUGAAUACUGCCCUUCAGUUCAGUUUCUGGUGACUGGCGGUACAGAUGGCAUACUGCGGGCGUGGUAUCCCCACGACAAUGUACAUUGCAAAAAGACAGUAAUGGGACACGUCAAACCAAUCAGGCACAUAAUCGUUAACACAACAAAGAAAGUAGUCUACAGUAUAUCUGUGGACAACAAUGUACGUCUGUGGUCAGAGGAAACUUGGGUGUGCCUGCAAAGCAUCCAGGUACAAGGCAUGAGACAGGCCCCAAUCUCCAGUGUUUGCUAUAACAUGUACAACAAUGAGUUAGUCCUGGCUAACUCAGAUAUAGGAGCAUUUCUUGGAAGAGGAACAGAUCUUUUUAUAGAAAUGUUAACAUCCCAUGACAAGCCCCUGUGCAGUGUUCUUUAUCACUCCAUAUUCAAGCAAGGCAUCUCUAUUUGCCAGAACGGUUUGGUGAAAGUAUGGGAUAUCCUUACAGGAAAGGCCAUCAUGCAGUUCAAGGUCACUCCAGAUCAGCAUGUGGGGUUCACCGCCAUUGCAUUUGAUGGUUCAAAGCGCAGAUUAAUUACAGUUUCCAACGAUAGGAAAGUGAGACUGUGGAACUUCAACAAUGGACAAGAGCUUCGCGUUCUUCCUGUCAAAGUGCAAAAGGAGGUGACAGGUAUUGUCUCCAUGAACAAUAGGGUGUUUGUGGCUGGACGGCGGUCAAACGUCAUUUUUAACCUGGAUUUAGAUGAGUCUGACAACAGAAUUUUGGAGCAUGAUUAUUUAAAUGAUGUAUCCUCCAUGAGCACACACGGAAACAUACUGUUUACUGCCUCGAGCAAUGGUAAUGUAGUUGUCUGGGAUGCUAAAACUGCGGAGGUUUUCUAUUGGCUUGAUACCAGUAACAACCCACGAACACACAUGGCAGACGGAAAAGCUCAAGGCUGUGUAAAAAACCUCCGUGCUGGCAGACACCAAAAGAAAGGAGGCACUGGGACAAUAUCUCUAUGUAAAAAAUCUACUGCUCUGACUAAUCGGAGGACUGAAGUGACUACCAGUCCCAUUAUUCUAUGUCUGCAGACCAGGGCGGCCACUACUGACACAGCCACACUGCUGACUUCUAAAAAUGACCAUAUCUAUGCCUGGUCGAUUAUUAGCAAGGGUGGUCUGUUAGGAAAAUUCAGGGCGGUGUGUGAGACAAGUGCAGUUGUUACCACCAUGUCGACUGAUGGCAACGAGAAGAUACUUCUGAUUGGGGAUAGCACUGGAAACAUUUAUCUGUGGGACAUUCAGCGGUUUGGACUUCUAAAAAAGGGAGACCCUCAAGGGCCAUCUGAGGUCAUAAGAGGCUGGCGUGUGUCACUGAGUCCACCUCCUCUGUUGGGCCACUGGAAGGCUCACAAGGACAGGGUGGUGAGUAUUCAGUGCGAUUCAGAAUGCAGAAAGAUACUUACGGCAUCACUGGAUUGCAAUGUCUGUCUAUGGACAAACAAAGGAGAACUUAUCGGCACCUUUGGAAAGCACGAGUGGGAUGCUAUACAACUCAGGCUUAAGGUGGAUACUAGCCAGGAGGAGGCAGAUGAACCCAGAACAGCAACAAGAGGAAAGUAUCAAAUGCCAUUCCCUGACUUUCCAUCGGAAUUACCCAGACCACCAAACGAGUAUAGAGACCUCUUUGAAAAAAUUAAAAAGGUAACCACAGUACCUAAGCCUAUUCCAAUACUAACAAAGCAGCAAUUGUCUAACGAAGUGCGAGAGAUUAUGACUAUUCGUUCAUCUCUUACCAGAAAAAAAUACGGGGAAAUUUCAGAUAUAGUAAGGGACGAGGACGAGGACCCCACUCCACUAUCCACAAAUGAGGUAAAGAAAAGGUCUGAAAAGACAUGUCCAGUGAAGACGACACUAACCACAGACUGUGCUAACACUACAACCAGCUCACCACAAGAAGUCAAGAAAGGGUCUGAACACACUUCAUGUCACGAACACUUCCAACCCAUCUCAGAUACAAUGCAGCUCACAUAUAGUCAGACUCAAUCCAUACCAUAUCCACCCGAGAUCCCGCUCACUAGAGGUUGCACUGACAUUAAACAAAGCUCUCCUCAAGCAGAAUCAUCUCCACAUAUGAACAAGACUCAGCCCAAAUAUGGACGUGUGCUCAAGAUUAAGCCAAAGGAUACAUUCAAAGACAGUGUCCUCACAUCUCCACCAGACACCCUGCCAGCCAAGCAGGAGUCUAAAAAGACAUCCAACCAUGUACGUUUCCCACCCAUUCUUGAUAAGGUUCAGCUUACACAUAAUCAGUCCCCAUUUGAUCCACAUCCGCCUCAGAUACCACGCACUAGUGGUCGCACUGACAUUAAACAAAGCUCUAAAUAUGGGCGUGUGCUCAAGAUUAAGUCAAGGGAUACAUUCAAAGACAGUGUCCUCACAUCUCCACCAGACACCCUGCCAGCCAAGCAGGAGUCUAAAAAGACAUCCAACCAUGUACGUUUCCCACCCAUUCUUGAUAAGGUUCAGCUUACACAUAAUCAGUCCCCAUUUGAUCCACAUCCGCCUCAGAUACCACGCACUAGUGGUCGCACUGACAUUAAACAAAGCUCUCCUCAAGCAGAAUCAUCUCCACAUAUGAACAACACUCGGUCCAAAUAUGGACGUGUGCUCAAGAUUAAGUCAAAGGAUACAUUCAAAGACAGUGUCCUCACAUCUCCACCAGACACCCUGCCAGCCAAGCAGGAGUCUAAAAAGACAUCCAACCAUGUACGUUUCCCACCCAUUCUUGAUAAGGUUCAGCUUACACAUAAUCAGUCCCCAUUUGAUCCACAUCCGCCUCAGAUACCACGCACUAGUGGUCGCACUGACAUUAAACAAAGCUCUAAAUAUGGACGUGUGCUCAAGAUUAAGUCAAGGGAUACAUUCAAAGACAGUGUCCUCACAUCUCCACCAGACACCCUGCCAGCCAAGCAGGAGUCUAAAAAGACAUCCAACCAUGUACGUUUCCCACCCAUUCUUGAUAAGGUUCAGCUUACACAUAAUCAGUCCCCAUUUGAUCCACAUCCGCCUCAGAUACCACGCACUAGUGGUCGCACUGACAUUAAACAAAGCUCUAAAUAUGGGCGUGUGCUCAAGAUUAAGUCAAGGGAUACAUUCAAAGACAGUGUCCUCACAUCUCCACCAGACACCCUGCCAGCCAAGCAGGAGUCUAAAAAGACAUCCAACCAUGUACGUUUCCCACCCAUUCUUGAUAAGGUUCAGCUUACACAUAAUCAGUCCCCAUUUGAUCCACAUCCGCCUCAGAUACCACGCACUAGUGGUCGCACUGACAUUAAACAAAGCUCUAAAUAUGGACGUGUGCUCAAGAUUAAGUCAAAGGAUACAUUCAAAGACAGUGUCCUCACAUCUCCACCAGACACCCUGCCAGCCAAGCGGGAGUCUAAAAAGACAUCCAACCAUGUACGUUUCCCACCCAUUCUUGAUAAGGUUCAGCUUACACAUAAUCAGUCCCAAUUUGUUCCACAUCCGCCUCAGAUACCACGCACUAGUGGUCGCACUGACAUUAAACAAAGCUCUCCUCAAGCAGAAUCAUCUCCACAUAUGAACAAGACUCGGUCCAAAUAUGGACGUGUGCUCAAGAUUAAGUCAAGGGAUACAUCCAAAGACAGUGUCCUCACACCUCCUCCAGACACCCUGCCAGCCAAACGGGAGUCUAAAAAGACAUCCAACAAUUCACAUUUACCACUCAUCCCUGAUCAGGUCCAGCUUACACAUAAUCAGUCCCCAUUUGAUCCACACCCGCCUCAGACCCUGCUCACCACAGGCCUAAAGAAAGGGUCUGAAAAACCAUCAAAGCAUGUAACCUUCAAACUCAUCCAAGAUGAGGUUGCACUCACAAAUCAGACCGAACACAAGCUGCACCCACCUUAGACCCUGCUCACCAAAGGCCAUACUACUGCUACAAAGAGCUCAUCAACAUCCAGUCGGGGAAUGCAUUAAAAAGUCCACAUAUGGACGUGUGCUGAAGAUUAAGUCGAGGGAUACAUUUAAAGACAGUGUCCUCACAUCUCCACCAGACACCCUGCCAGCCAAAUGUGAUUCUGAAAAGACAUCCAACCAUCUACAUCUACCACCCAUUCCUGAUAAGGUUCAGCUUACACAUAAUCAGUCCCCAUUUAUUCCACAUCCGCCUCAGAUACCGCACACUAGUAAUCACACUGACAUUAAACAAAACUUUCCUCAAGCAGAAUCAUCUCCACAUAUGAACAAGACUCGGUCCAACUGUGGAUGUUUGCUCAAGAUUCAGUCAAGGGAUACAUUCAAAGAAAGUGGUCCUCACAUCUCCUCCAGACACCAUGCCAGGCCAGCGGGAGUCUGAAAAGACAUGUCCAGCAAAAACGACACUAACCACAGACUGUGCUAACACUACAAACAGCUCACCAUACAUGCAUCAAUCUGCUAAUGCGGUCAAGCAAGGAUCUGAACACACUUCAUGGCGCACACACUUCCAACCCAUCUCAGAUACAAUGCAGCUCACAUAUAGUCAGACUCAAUCCAUACCAUAUCCACCUCAGAUCCCGCUCACUAGAGGUUGCACUGACAUUAAACAAAGCUCUCCUCAAGCAGAAUCAUCUCCACAUAUGAACAAGACUUGGUCCAAAUAUGGACGUGUGCUCAAGAUUAAGUCAAGGGAUACAUUCAAAGACAGUGUCCUCACAUCUCCACCAGACACCCUGCCAGCCAAAUGGGAGUCUAAAAAGACAUCCAACAAUUUACAUUUACCACUCAUCCCUGAUCAGGUUCAGCUUACACAUAAUUGGUCCCAAUUUGAUCCACAUCCGCCUCAGACCCUGCUCACCACAGGCUGAAAGAAAGGGUCUGAACAACCAUCAAAGCAUGUAAGCUUCCAACCCAUCCCAGAUAAGGUUGCGCUCACAAAUCAGACCAAACACAAGCUGCGCCCACCUCAGACCUUGCUCACCAGAGGCCAUAUUACAGCUACAAAGAGCUCAUCAACAUCCAGUCAGGGAAUGCAUUAAAACGUUCACAUAUGGAUGUGUGCUGAAGAUUAAGUCAAGGGAUACAUUCAAAGACAGUGUCCUCACAUCUCCACUAGACACCAUGCCAGGCAAGUGGGAGUCUGAAAAAACAUCCAACCAUGUACGCUUACCACCCAUCCCUAAUCAGGUUCAGCUUACACAUAAUUGGACCCACUUUGAUCCACACCUGCCUCAGACCCUGCUCACCACAGGCCAAAAGAAAGGGUCUGAAUAACCAUGAAAGCAUGUACCACCAAAGCAUGCUUAUCACCCAUGCCAGACAAGGUUGGGCUCACAAAUCAGAACAAACACAAGCUGCACCUGCCUCAGACCCUGCUCACUAGAGGCCGUACUAAUGCUACAAAGAACUCAUCACACAUGCAGCUGUACAUCAUUCUGCACAGUGAAGCUCAAACAUCCAAGUGAGGUAACAAUAAGUGACUUUUUUUCAUGGCAUUCCCUCCCCACCCCUGCAUUACCCAUGCCUACCCCCUUAACAUCCAUAUAUGUUACUUCUUCAGUUAAAAAUUACACCACGAA